AUGAAAUACAUCGACGAGUUUGAUAUUGACCUGGUUAAUCAGUUCUUGACAUUUAACACCACAGAAAUGCAUAUUCAGGGAACAUGUGAUCUGUUUACUACAAAACCCGUAGGUUCUGAUCGAAAACUCUAUAAAGUUUUAGAUAAAAUGUACAACACCGAAGAUAACGAUGAAGGUGAAAGCCUCAAGGAUAUGGAUUCAAAACAACGUCAGAACUCGUUGAACUCAGUAGGUUCUACUGAAAAAUCCCAGUCGUCACCAGAUAAUGUGAAUUCUCAAUUUAUACAGCUCAAAAACCGAUCAUUCUCUUAUUCUCACACCACAAAACCACAAGUACUGAACAAUGGUGAUGAUGCUACUUUGAAGAGAUCACACUCUUUUGCAUCUCCAACCCCAGAAACUCAAAUUGAACACUAUGAGGAAGAUUCACCAUUUGGACCAUUGAGUCAAUCAUCUUCAAGAAAACUGUUUGGGUAUCUAAUUGGUGCACUGAACGGAACUUUCCCCGACCAUGAUUUUUCUACUGUUCAACCGAAACAUUUUACCAUGCUACAUUCUGCAGGUGAGCUAAUAGCUAAAGUUAAUUCAUUUCUCAUUUCAUCGGGAAAAUCGACAGGCCUUGAUUGGAUAUGGCAGACUAUAAAUACCCAUAUGGAAUUGGACCAUUGCGUUUGUUUUCAGUUUGACCCCUCCCAGUCUUUCCUGGACGAUUUAGGUGUAAUUUGGUGCAAUAUGUACUUUAUGUUCAAUAAAAAGAAGAAAAGAGUUGCAUUUUUGUACUUUUUGGCAACGAUUUUGAAUGAAGCAGACAACUCAACUACUAUAUCAAGGAGAAGAAAUAGUAAACGAGGAACUUUGGAUGAAGAGGGUAUGAAGAUGGGGGAAGAUGAUAGUGAAUAUGAUCUUCGUUAUAAUGAGGAUUAUGAACCAAUAUACGAAGAUGUUUUCGAAGAUGACGAUAUUGAUAUGAUCGAUGGAACAAAUACCAUCAACAAGGAUGAAGAAGGCUAUGAUAUGAGUGACGACGAACUUGCCAAUCUUAAUCAGGAUGAUGAAGGUUAUUUGUGA